AUGGCGUCGCACGCAGAAGCGAAUUGUCUGAUGAGAAUUAACAUCCGCUGUGAGGCAUGCAAGAUGAAGGCUCAUGAAGUCUUCAGCUCUGUAGUCGGAGUCUAUUCGGUCAGGAUAGAUCCCAAUGAAGGGAUAGCUUGCUUUUAUGGUGAAGUUGAGCCUACAGAAUUCAUGAGUGCCAUAACAUCAUUCAACAACAGGCAUGGACAGCUGGUUCAUGCCAAUGUCAAGCAUCCAGAAAUCAACAGCGAUGGUUCACGUAAUUCUGGCCCCGGCUACAGUUACGGGUAUCCCUGUUACGGCUACACUUACGGAAGAAUACAUCCUACAGCUGCAUACCCGCAUAGGAGGGUGUACCGGCUCCACCGCCCUAUAGGGCUGAUUCCACCACCUACGUACAUGCCGGAGCUGCCUCGGCGACACCGCAAGGGGUCCUUCAAGUGCUUUGGCAUGUGGUGA